AUGGCUGCAGAAAAAGACAAGAUUGAAAAGAGACAGAAGUUCUUAGAAAAGUGUGAGCUGCUUGAUACUGGAGUUGUACGCAGUUUGUAUGACGAGUGCCUCAAACUUGGGAUAAGGUCUGCAUUUCGUAGUAUUAAGAGUCUCUUGUCGAGCCAGGUUACUGGUGCCUACUCCCUCCUGAAUACUACCGACGAGGAAGAAAUAAUUGAAACAAUCCCUUACGUUGCCUGGCAGUUCAAAAAAGAAAAGACUGAUGUAGAUGUGCUGAUGUUGGUUUCUGGUGUUCUUACCAGAUCGUUUGAAUAUGAAAUUGACCCAUUGGUGAUGUUGGAAACGUUGAAAGCAGCCCCAAACCACAUGAAUAACUAUGCCAACUACACAAGGGUAGCUGAUGCAGAUAAGGGAAAAGACAUCAACCUUUAUGUCGGCAACAACAGUUUGAAGAGAGAUGACCUAAACACACUGAAACCAGAGGCGUGUUUAAAUGAUCAGGUCACCCAUGCAUACCUUGAUAUCUUGUCGAAGGAAGUGAAUACGGAGAAACCAACAGUUCAUGUUCUUCCAAGCUUCCUGGCCGUGAUGUGGGAGAAGAAUGACACAUCUUCUUGGUUAUAUAAGCAGGUACAGAUCAAAUACAUGUAUCAGACAGCCCUAUGUAUCAGACACCCCCAACAUGUAUCAGACACCCCCAAAAUUAUGUGGCAUUUUGAGUUUUUUAUUCUCAUUCAGUCAUUGCCAUUCUUUGUGUAUUUUCAGAUUCCACUGAGUAAGUUCAAAUGGGUUCUUUUGCCCAUUUGCACUAAUGAACACUGGGUUCUCCUAGUUGCUGAUAUGGUAAAUCAUUCCGUUGGUGUGUUGGAUUCACUGGAUUUGCCUGACAGAAGAUUCGAGUUGUACUUAACAUCUUGGAGGUUAUUCAUGAUUGCACGCGGUGACGACACUGAAUGGACUGUGGCAAAGUACAUGUGUAGCAAGCAGGAUGAUAACACAAGUUGUGGGGUGUUUGUCAUGAUGAAUGCAGAGUCGCUGUUGAAAGGUGUUCCUCCGUUUGUGAUGAGGCAGUGGCAUUGUGAUGGUUACCGAAGAUACGCCCUAGGAAAACUACUAAGUCAUGCCAAAACGAAUGAUGAAAUCAUCUGCGAUAUGCCAUUCUGCAACAAGCCAUCAGGAGAGGAUAUUGCAUGGUUGCAAUGUGACUACUGCAAUCGGUGGUUCCACAAUGAAUGUGUUGCGUUAGCUGAAACUCCAGCCGUUUACAAGUGCCUUAUUUGUAUGGUGUACUAGUAUGGUGUACUAGAACUCUACUCUAACUACUGCUGAUGUUAGGUUUGGGCUUCUGCCACAUAAUAUUGCGUCAAAGCCUAGUGCGGGGGCUCCACCAGUCAAAGCCUAGUGUAGGCUUCAUAUUUCUUUUAACUCUAUACUGCUGAUGUUAGUUUUAACUUGUUUUGGGCUUCUGCCACAUAAUAUUGCU